UGCAAACACUUUGCUCUCUCAGUCACACUUUAUGCAGUCAAGGCUGAAAGAACUCAUACUAAAAUAUGCCUGAAUACAGACUUUAUCCACUCGACCUCAGUGGAGAGCUUGGGACCAUUCACAGGCACUUUUAAAGCAGAAGUAGGAAAAAUGGAAGCCAAUCUUGAGGAGACUGAGAUCAGGGUCAUACUCAUAGGUAGUAGAUGGGCUGGCAAGAGUUCAUCUGGUAACACCAUUCUGAGAAAGGAGAGCUUUGAGUGUGGCCGAACAAGAACAGCUCAGUCUGAAGUGAGACAUGGAUUGGUGGAUGGCAGGAAGCUCACUGUGAUUGAUGCUCCUGGUUGGAGCAGCUCCCUCUCCCUUGCUGAGAUCCCAGAGGGGGACAAGCAAAGGUUUAAGCUCAAUGUAUCCAAGUGUCCGCCUGGACCAAGUGCUUUUCUCCUCGUUAUUCCAAUAGACUCAGCUUUCUCUGUGGAGCAGAAGACGAGUGUGAAGGAACACAUGAAGCUCUUAGGUGAACGGGUUUGGCGAUACACUAUGGUGCUGUUCACCUGUGGGGAUUACCUCGGGGAAAAGACAAUAGAACAACACAUUGAAAGUGAAGGACAGGCACUCAAGUGGUUAAUAGAAAAGUGUUUGAACAGGUACCAUGUGUUUAAUAACAAGGACGAGAGUAACUUAUCUCAGGUCACAAAGUUGCUGCAGAAGAUCGAAGAGAUGGUGUGCUACAAUGGUGGCAGUUACUACAAGGUAGAAGAGCACAUUUUCCAAGUCAUCAAAGAAAAGCAAAAGGAGGUAGCUGAGAGGGCAGAAGAGAGAAGGAAGAAGGCCGAGGACCAAAGACAGCACAUGAAAGCACUCAUUCCAGAAGAGAUGAAACAUAUCCCAAAACUCCAGAUGAUUCUUCUGGGAAGCCGAAAUGUUGGGAAAACCUCUGUAGGGAACACCAUCUUGGGGUACAAAGACCAGGAAGAUGGAAAAAGAACGGCAAAGUCUGUUGCCCGCCGGGGUUUUGUGGCUAAAACUGAAAUCAUUCUUGUUGACACACCAGGCUGGUGGAAAGGCUUCCCUGUGUUCGACACUCCUGAAGCGAUCAAAGAUGAACUGAUGCGCAGCAUGUUUUUGUGCCCUCCUGGGCCCCAUGUCUUCCUCCUGGUGAUAGAUGCAGAUGCAUCAUUUAAUGCCAAACACUUAGACGCAAUGACAUCACAUGUGGAGCUUCUUGGUGAUGGAGUGUGGAGACACACUAUUAUAGUUUUUACCAGAGGAGACUGGCUGGGAACAAGCAUAGAGCAGUACAUCGAAGGAGAGGGGGAGGCCCUACAGUCUCUAGUUGAACAAUGUGGAAAUAGAUAUCAUGUAGUUGAUAAUAAGAAUGCAAGUGAUGGUACACAAAUCUCAGAGCUGAUGGAGAAAAUCACUGAGACUGUGGCAGCAAAUGGGUGGGGCUACUUUGUUCCAGACCAGCAGAUUUUUCGGACCAUCGAAGAGAGAAGAAGGAAAGUGGAAGAAGGAGCAAUGCUGAGGCAAAGUCAAGUCAAGGCCACACGAGAAUCCCUUGGAGUUUCCAGUAAUAAGCUGCAGGAGCUGAGAAUAAUACUGCUUGGUCAGAAGACUGUUGGAAAGAGUGCAACAGGAAAUACUCUCCUGCAUAAAGAAGUCUUUGCAUCUAGUCAGAAUGAACAAUGUCAAAUGCAAGAGGGGGAGGUUGCUGGCCGACGAGUCACAGUGAUUGACACCCUGGGCUGGUGGCAGGACUCCUCGUGCUGCACAGAUGAUAUAGACAAAGAAAUUGCCCGAGGUUUUUCACUGAGCCCAGUAGGAGUUCAUGUUAUUCUGCUGGUCAUUCCUUUGGACCUGACAUUCAGAGAUCCUCAACGAGUCACUCUGGAGGAUCACAUGAACCUUUUUCAUGCCACUGUAUGGAAACACGCAAUGGUUCUGUUCACAUAUGGAGACAAACUAGCAGAUAAAUCUUUGGAGGAGCACAUUGAAAGGGAGCAUAGUGCCCUGCGCUGGUUGAUUGAGAAGUGUGAGAACAGGUACCAUGCCAUGAACAAUAUGAAAAAACGUGAUAUGAAUCAGGUGACAGAGCUGUUUGAGAAGAUAGAGGAAAUAGUAGCAGCAAACAGUGGCAAACUCUUCUGUCCAAACAUCAAUGAAAUCCACCUGAGAAUCGAAGAGAAGUUCAAGAGGAAGCAGCUGAAACAUGUGCUAAAGCGAAGACUAGAGCGAGAGUACAGGAGGAGAGAGCUGGAGCUAAUGAAAGAGUUCCAGGAAACACUCCAUGAGCUGCAAAAUGACAUUAGUGGAGGCGCGACAGGCACAAAAUCCAAGUCACUGGUUGGCAACAGGGUGAAACUCACAACCAGGUCUACUGGUCAGGGGAAGAGAGAUGGCAAGGAGGAAAAACUAGAUGCAAAAAUCAGCCAAAAAAUUAAAAAGCUGGAUGAAGAUAUAGAGAGAUUAUCACAUUUUCUUGGAAACAGCAAGGAAUUUUUGAUCCCUGAUUUUAAAGGAAGCAGUCAAGCACCUUCUAUUCCUGAGUCUUUCUUAGAGCGCAAACAAUCAACCGGCAACUUUGAGAAAGUUCUGGGUUGGUUAUCGAAUCUUCAUAUCGGCACAAAUGUGGAGAACCAGCUGACUCUCAACUUCUCUCAAACAUCAGGCUACAGAUCUAUGGUGUCAUCAGAAAUCCUUGACUUUGACCGAAAAGUUGAAGUUCCAGAGUGAACAAAUUAAAAGAUUACUGCAUUCUGUAGUGAAUUUAAAACUGUAGAGAAAAAGAGUCCAACAAUACUGUGAAUUUAUGGGGUAGCAGUUCCCUCAUGUUGGAGAAUUGGCUCAGGUAGCUUAAUUUGAGAAAUAAGCUACCAUUGCUUGUCCCAGCCUCAUUAGCACUGUUUGCUUUUGAGCAAAGAAGGAACAGUGACUAUGGGAAAUGUGAUCGACUGCUCACCCACUGAGCUAAACCGGUGCCCAGGGGGCAAGCCUCAUGAAUAUGAUAUAUAUCACAAACUCAGUCUACAUCCUUGAGUAAGGUGUUCCAGAACCUGGAACCUCUCUUUAUUUCUCUUUAUUUCCCUUCACUGACCGCGGUCCUGUCCAUUAGGAUUGUAAUAACUCAAAAUGAAAAGAAAAAUAAAUAAAUAAAUAAUAAUAAAUGACAAUAAAGUGGACAGUAUAGCAAAAGCUGUAAUUUUCUACUUGGGAAAAUAAAUCUGUUGGGCAUUUUUCUUGGCCUUCAGGCAAUAAUCCUAAUUGCAGUGCCGGUAAGGACAUAAAAAAAGAAAAAAAAAUCGUCAAUUAAACUGGAAUUUAUGGACAAAGUGAAAGAAACUGUCGGACCGAGGCAUCAAAGAAAAGAUAUCAUAAAAAGAAGUUGAGAAUGCCAAGUGGAACUUUAAGGAUGACAGGCUUACAACAUCAGCAUCAUCCACCCCAGGUAGCACCCCUUCCGUUACCCCUAACAUCACCCCCCUGCGUUAGUGCCUACUCUUCAUUGCAGGAACUGGUUUCAUCUACAUCGUGCACCUUUCUUUGCUGCACCUGAGACCCACAGUCCCAACCCAAGCGCAGACAUGGGAGGAAAUGAGGAAGGAAGAGAAAGGUGGCGUUUCUUCGGAAUCUGAUCUGUGGUACAGAAGUACCCCGCCAACCCUGGCUCUGUCAACCUCAAGGUGGAUGACCCUGCAAAAUUUAUACUACCCAAGAUUGAAAUCUCAGACACUGAAGGCAAGUGGCAAACUUCAUGGCCACAUAAACUCAAACCUUGGGACAUGAAUGUUUUGACACCAUUGGGCUUCUGAAAACAGACCAGCUAUGUAGCUUUGUAUUUUUCCGCUUCCACAUUUUCAAUGGGUUUUUUUGUCCUCUGGUUCCACAUUUGCCUCGCUUUCUACCUCUGUUCCCUCCACCUCCAUGCAAUUUAAAUCAAACUGCGGGAUGAGGGGUAUGAGGACCUACAGUACCUAUAGCAUUAGCUCACUAGCAUCAGACUGCACUGCUACUCCUCCCCAUGUCACAAAUGUAUUAACUUCAUUUGUAACCCUAACAUCACGCAUGCAUCACCUAGAUGUCCCCGUUCCAUUUUCAGCGAUGACUUCAGAUUAAAGUUGAAAUAUCUUGCCAGCUUUUUGCAAAAGUUGUUUACUUUAAGAUUGCUGGGGAUGCUGAAGUGGCAAGAUGUUUCAGUCUAUAUCUCAAGUUCCUGUCUUUUUAGGUUUAAAAUUAUGUAGUGCUUUUCUCCAUCAGCAUGCAGAGUAUCGCGAUAUAUGUCUGAUAUUGUGCCCAAGCCUGCAAUGGGUUUGCUUUUGGCAGCAAAUUUGAGCUUUUUUUUUUUCAUUAUGUAAAAGAACAUCUGUGGCUAUGUGCCUGCUGACCUGAAGUGAUUUCUUUUUUUAUGUUCUGCUUGUACAGUUUGUUGGGUUUGCAACUUUUUUCUUUCUUUUUUUAUGUGACACUGAAGUGCCCAUUGUCAAUUUUUUUUUUUUACUUUUUUGCUGCUGAUUUCCUGCUGUUUUGUUUGGGAAAACUGAUGAAUUCUGCUAAGUAAAUGCACAAGGGAGCUUUCCCACUUUCAUCUGUAAAUAAAUCUCAUUAUAACAAGUGAAAAUAAACCAACCAA